AUGGCUUUGACCUGCUCUGAUAUCUGCAAGUUUCUUUUCGCUAUUAUUUUCCCUCCUUUGGGUGUAUUGCUUGAACGUGGUUGUACUACUGAUCUUUUAAUUAAUAUUGCUCUUACUAUUCUUGGUUUUAUUCCAGGUGUGAUUCAUGCUUUCUAUAUUAUAUUGAAAUAUUAA